AUGGUCAUUGCCCGCGCGCACCCCGGAGAGAGCUCGCCGUUGCCCCAGCAGGACGGCUGGACGCUGCUGCACUACGCCGUGAAGAACCAGUGGGCGGCGGUGGCGGGGCGGCUGCUGGACGCGGGGGCAGACGUGGACGCCGCCACGCGCCGGGGCGCCUCGGCGCUCAUGCUCGCCGCCUCCACGGGCCACCACGUCAUCCUGCAGGCGCUGGUGGCGGCGCGCGCCAACAUCUUCCAGGAGGACGAGCGCGGAUGCACGGCUUUCUGCUACUCGAUCGCCUUCAUGAUGCGCAAGCGACUGAAGGAUCCCAGCAUCUCCGUGCUGGUCCUCAGCUCAGCCAUACGGACGGACGGACAGUCCGUCGGCAUGGACGCCUACUUGGAGAGACGCAUGAAGCUGCUGUGCAAGCCCCCGGAUGGCGUGCCGGACUACGUGAGCAUCGUCUCGGGCAUCAUCUCGCUGGUGCUGCUGUUCUUCGCGCGCUUCGUGCGCGGCGGCUACGAGCUGCUGCUGGACACGGGCCUAUUCCGCUGCGUCGCCCAGGCGCUGCUGCAGCACGUGGCACACGAGGCGUACGCGCGCGCACUGCUCUCCUUGCUGCUGCAGCUGCUGCUGCCGGCGACCGCCGCGCGCAGCAACAGGCCCGACGCGGCCGGGCUGUUCGCGCGCGAAGGCGCUGCAGACGCCUGCCUCGGCGUCCUCAAGUGGUACAAAAACACAACCUCGUCGGAAGAAGUCAAGCGUGCCGCGAUGAUGCCCCUCAUCGUCGCUUGCUCAUCGAAAGGCAGCGCCCGGGUCUGGCUCCAAGAAAACUACGAGUCCGUCCGAAUGUUUUUCAAAUACGAGGGCUGGUGCCCGCCGAGCUUCAAGUGCGGCAUGGACAACGAACGCCUCGUCCUGUUUGCGCGGAAAUACCAGUCCUUCAACACCCUGAUGACCAACUUGAAGAACGGGCUCGACAUCACGCACUCCGCAAGAUUCAAGAAGUCCAAGGCAGAGGGCGCCCAGCCCCAGGCUUACCAGGAUUGCCACGACAGGGCGAACACGCAAGAAUCCAAGUAUUUCCAACUGGAACUUUUGAAUGAAAACGGCUGUGUGCUGGGUCCCCACGCAAGUGCAAAUCGUGUGUCCCUGGUGCCUCGGGAAAGCAGUGAUUUUGUGGCGAAACUUCCAAACGUGAUUUUAGAUCCAGAAAAUGAUGAAAACCACAAUUUUUCAAAUCUCGAAGAGAGUACCCAAAAUUGUAUUGGACUCAGUGUUCGUAAAAAUAAUACAUCAGGGAAAGAUAAUGAAAUUGGAAUUUUUCCAUUAAACGAAUCACAAGUAAGUAACCAUUACCUUGAAAAAUCAAAUGAUGAAAAUAACAAUAGUGACAUCAAUGUCGAUGUUUCCAACAAUAACAAUUAUCUCGGGGUUAUCGGACGUCCUAAAAGGAAUACCGAAAGCAGUGGUUCUAAAAGCAAAUGGUCCCACAACACAGAUAUAUUUCCACAUCAGUUCAUUGUGCAUAAAACCGGUUCGGGAGAUGAGCAACCUUUAGAUAAAUCUCAGCGAAUGAAAACCAUUUUGGAUAGUACGUAUCACAUGGGCAAAAAAAUUCUCGCAGCUUGCAACAAGACAAAACCAAUUGUUCAAACACAAGAUGAAACAUUUAAGAUUGAAACCACCCCAGUUCCUCCCUCAAACAUUAUUAUCAGCUACCAGAAACACAUGGAAAAAAGUGAAACAGACAGUUCCUUUUACGAUAAUUUGAUGACAUGUUUGGAUCAUAGUAAAAAUGCAUUUUCGGAUCACAGUCUCAGUCCAGAUUUGCGAGCUUUGCAUUUCUUGUUUAACAACUUGGCAAGCAAGUAUGUCCACUAUUGGAAACUUGAUUACUUGAACAACUAUCCUCUGUCGACAAUUUCAAAUAUGAACAACCUAGUUCAAAUGAGAAAGAUUAUACCGGUUUUGGAACAUCAAAACUUGUGCUAUUUAACCGAAGUUUGGAACCGAACAAGCACUUAUCUUCAAACAAUAGAUGAUGGAGAACUCUUUAACAAAAAAACUUUAGGUAUUAGAUAUAUGAUACUUAAACUAGAUAAAGCACUGGACAAGAAAAUAGAAAAAAUAAAACGUAUUGGUGCAACCCCAAUUCAACCUGAUGUUACAAAUGAAAGUAGGCCCACUGAACGGCAGCAAGAGAACAGACACCACCCUGGUAGCAUUGUUUCUUCUGAAGCUAUGGGCUGCGUGUGCGUGCCCGGGUGGUGGCUGAUGUUGAACCGUGCGUCCCCAGCGGCAGCAAGAGAACAGACACCACCCUGCGGCAGCAAGUGGGACCGCCUGGCGGGCGCCUUCCUGGCCAUGUCCCCGGCGCUGCGGCAGACGGCGGAGGGCGGCAAGCUGGCGGUGUCCCGCCGCGAGGUGCGGGCCAGCUUCAAGGUGGCGCCCUCGCUGGAGCUGGGGGCCGGGGCCGACGGCUCGCCGCUCGCUGUGCGGCGGCUCCGCAGCCCGGGGGAGGCGCUGCUCGCCGCCGUGGGCCCGCUGCUGGGGCUGUCGCACCCCAACGUGCUGCCCUACCUGCUGGCCGACCGCCUGGACGGGGACCUGCUCGUCGCGGUGCCGCUGUGCGAGCGCAACCUGGAGCAGCACAUGGCCGAGCUGCGCGUGGCCAGCGCCCUGCGCGCCGAGGCCAAGGACAUCACCUGGCAGGUGCUGUGGCAGCCGGGCUGCAAGGCCCACCAGUCGGUGGUGUGGUGGCCUCCGGAGUACCUGGAGCCGUGCGGCCACCGGCGCGCGCCGGUCGUCACCGCCAAGGGAGACGUGUUCUCGGCGGGGCUCGUCAUGCACUACGUCGUCACGGGCGGGCUGCACCCUUUCGGCGACACCCGGCACCAGAUCUUCUGCAACAUGGCGCGCGGGGUCCCCUGCCUCAGGAGCAGCGAGGCCGACCUGGCGCACCUGCUGAGCGCGAUGCUCGCGUCCCGACCGGCCGACCGGCCGUUCAUCCGCGACAUACUCAGGCACGUGUUCUUCUGGGACAAGUCCAAAAAGUGGGACUUCCUGCUGGCGUGCGCGGGAUUCGAGCAGCAGGGCGCAUCGUCGGCAUCGUCGCACUGGGUGGCCAAGCUGUACCACUUCAUCGACAGCACCGCCGCGGCGCUCAACAUCUUCGAGAACUGGGUGAGCGGAGACAACGGCGUGUUCAGGAAAACUGGUAUGGUGGGGAUCGUGAAGGCGACGUUCCCGGAGGCGGCGCGCGAGCCGCCCACGCUGUCCGCGCUGCUGCGCUUCGUGCGGCGGUGCGCGGAGGCCGAGCGAGGUGCAGGGGGCGGCCCUCCGGGGGCGGCGGCAGAGGGGCGGCAGCAGCUGGCCCGCUACUUCCUCGCCGCCUUCCCCAACCUGCCGCUGAAGCUGUUCCGCCUGCUGGACGGCUCCGGCCACGCCGCCAAGCCCCAACUCGCGCACUUCUUCUUCGAGCCGGAGCUGGUCCGGCGGUGA